CACAACUCCACAAGCGUCUCUCUGUCUUAUUUACUCGCCCCCUCUUUCCCUCGAAACAAAAAUUAGGGUUACGAAUUCGGAAUCAGCAUCCAUGGAAGAGAUUACAGAGGGAGUGAACAACAUGAACUUGGCCAAUGAUUCCCAGAAGAAGAACCGUAUUCAGGUUUCCAACACCAAGAAACCAUUGUUCUUCUACGUCAACCUCGCCAAGAGGUAUAUGCAAGAGCACAAUGAUGUCGAAUUGUCUGCCCUUGGGAUGGCCAUUGCAACCGUUGUUACCAUUGCUGAGAUACUCAAGAACAAUGGUUUUGCUGUUGAGAAGAAGAUCAUGACUUCUACUGUGGAUAUUAAGGAUGGCUCAAGGGGACGUCCUGUGCAGAAACCUAAGAUCGAAAUCACGCUUGGGAAGUCAGAGAAGUUUGAUGAACUAAUGGCUGCAGCCAACGAAGAAAAAGAAGCUGCAGAAGCUCAGGUCCAGAGCUGAACAUAGCCUUCUUAUGUUAUGAUUCCAUUUCAUGGGUCUUUCUUCUGUCUUGAUGCUUAAUAUUAUUUGUUUAAUUUCAUUGAUUUUUGGCUGAAUUUGUCAAUUUGAGUUGUUAUGUUUUGGAUGGUUUGUUGUACCUGUUGAAACACUUUUACAAUACUAUAUGAUAUUUUUAGUUACAAAGAGCA